UAGCAAAGGCGCAUCAUGUCACGCGCUGCCAGCAGUUCGACUGGCGACACCAAGUCCUUUUGGCGACGACCGAGGUUGUCAUCGUCACAAUGCAACGCAACAGGCGCGAACCGUUUCUCGGGCCCAGCCAUCCGAGUCGCUGCACCUACCUCCCAGAUACCGUCGCAAAGGUUAGCGCCGUCGUCUCCUCAUCAGCUGAGCUCGGACGAAGAGGACGAAGAGCUUCGUUCGUUUCUGACUAUCCGGGAGCCGAUUCCGCGCCACGCCGGAGUUAGUGUGGCUCGUCGUGGAGGUCGAGACGAUUCGCCCUCUUCGCCGGCCAGUUCGUUCGACUCGACGCGUCUCUCUCCGUGGUCGACGCCCACGUCCCCUCGGUGGUCAGGCUCCACCACGCCUCCGGGUUCCUCCAGUCUCGAGGGCCACUCUCCGGGCCUCUCGGCGUCCUUGUCCUCGUCGCCAUUCUCGGACGCCAGCGUGGUUAUUUCGUCUUCGUGUGGCACUCGCAAGCACACCCGCGGUGACUGUCACUUUCCAAAGUCCCUGCCGUCCUCCGCUUCGGCGUCGUCUUCUCCCGGCUGCAAGUUGAACGCUCUUGGUGAUCCUCCACCACCGUGCAACAUCUGGUCGGGCGGCUUCAAGUGGCACGAUCAAAUAAGAGGAGGAACCUACAAGGACCGAGAAGAGUGUCUGCAAAUAUCGGACUUCUGGAAGUACGGACAGCAUCGCCGUAGUAGCGACUUCAGUUCGGACGCGGAGUCCCGCAGAGGCGAUGACGUCUUGAACUCCGGGCUCCAGGGUACUAGAAGGGCUUCCUCGUUCGACGCUCUCGAAGUUGAAAGCGACGACAGCUCUGUCGAUGCCCUCCGAGGAGCCAGGCCCAAGCUGAUUCUUCCAGUCCCUAAGCACUCGCCGCCAAAGAACAGCGGCUUUCCCGAUCCGUCUCACCAAAAGCCGACUCGCUCUGGUCGUUCCGCGAGGCAGGAUGAUGAUGACGUGUGCUGCCAUUGCAAGCUUCCUCCGAGCUUGUUGCCCCUCGAAUGCUGCGAGCAGGACGUGAGAAGCAAGGGUGACGCCGAAGAGCCGUUGGGGAGCUGCGUGGGAUCUAAAAAGGGACUAAACUGGCCAUGCACGCUGCAACCUCCUAACCAGCGUUGUCUGGACUGCCUCUACUCUGUUCCACUGUCCAGCGGCGCACAAUGGGUGCAGGCAUCUUGUGGCAAGUUCCCGUGGAACAGGCGCCGAGGAUCGGGUGUGCUCGUUCACGAAGUCGACGAAGGACAGCCCUGCCUGACCUGCAAGGACAAGUGUCCUGGUUUCAGUCCACACCUUUGGAGGAAAGUGUGCAACAACUGCAAGUGCCCACGAGAAUCGCACGAUGUGUAUCACGAAGAGUUCGUCAACGUGCGCGACCGCAUCGGCAUCAAGGCGUCCGACCCUUCGCAGCACACUUCCAAGGAGAAGACGCUGCAAGAAGGAUACUCCUGGGUGCCGCCGGGACUCUCUAGCGCAAAGAUCGAGGAGUACUUCGCCCAGCUGCCGAACCACAAGGUGCCGCGGCUGGGCAGUCCGGGCGAGAAGUACCGAGACCGGCAGCUCAUCGUGCAGCUGCCCAAGCAGGACCUCGCGCUUGCCUACUGCAAGUUCCUCGAGCGGGAGUGCCACCGGGCGUUUGAGGACUUCGUCAACGCUCGCAACGAGAUCGCCCUCGACAUCGGUUACGUCAGGGAGGCCCUCGACAAGACGCUGGAGUGCCACAAGUGCGGCGGCGUGCUGCCCGGCGGCGAGCUGGCGGUGAUCGCGCCCAAGUACGGCGAGAUGGUCGCCUGGCACCCGGCCUGCUUCGUGUGCGGCACCUGCAACGAGCUGCUCGUCGACCUGACCUACUGCGCCAAGGACGGACAGCUCUAUUGCGAGCGACACUACGCCGAGACGCUCAAGCCCCGGUGCGCCGCUUGCGACGAGCUCGUGUUCUCCGGCGAGUACACCAAGGCCAUGAACAAGGACUGGCACUCGAGCCACUUCUGCUGCUGGCAGUGCGACGACUCGCUGACCGGGCAGCGGUACGUGCUGCGCGACGAGCACCCGUACUGCGUCCGCUGCUACGAGCAGGUGUUCGCAAACUCCUGCGAGGAGUGCUCCAAGGCCAUCGGUAUCGACUCUAAGGACCUUUCCUACAAGGAGAAGCACUGGCACGAGGCUUGCUUCCUGUGCAGCAAGUGCCGGGUGUCGCUGGUGGACAAGCCAUUCGGCUCCAAGGCUGAGAAGGUCUACUGCGCCGCCUGCUACGAUGCCGCAUUCGCCACCCGCUGCGAUGGCUGCGGCGAAAUCUUCCGCGCUGGCACCAAGAAGAUGGAGUACAAGGGUCACCAGUGGCACGAGAAGUGCUUCUGCUGCUGCGUGUGCAGCAACCCGAUUGGCACCCGCAGCUUCAUCCCGCGGGACAAUGACAUCUACUGCACCGGGUGCUACGAGGACAAGUUUGCCACCAGGUGCAUUAAGUGCAACCAGAUCAUCACUAGUGGUGGUGUGACAUACCGCAACGAGCCAUGGCACCGGGAGUGCUUCACUUGCACCAACUGCAGUGCUUCGUUAGCCGGCCAGCGAUUCACAUCGCGCGAUGAGAAGCCGUACUGUGCCGAGUGCUUCGGUGAGCUGUUUGCCAAGAGAUGCACCGCCUGCUCCAAGCCUAUCACUGGAAUCGGCGGAACCCGCUUCAUCUCUUUCGAGGACCGCAACUGGCACAACGACUGCUUCAUCUGUGCCAUGUGCACUAACUCCUUGGUCGGCAAGGGCUUCAUCACUGAUGGACCCGACAUCUUGUGUCCCGAGUGCGCUAGGCAAAAGCUGAUGUAACUGGGCAGUGAAACGCGAAAUCCAAACGAAACAAAGUAACACAAACAACAUGAAGCCUUUGAUGCGCUUGCUACAAUUCCAACGCAGCAAAUUUGGUAGAUUUUUUUUCAUACGAAAAAAAAAGAAGAAUGCAAGUAGCCGCCCCUGUUAAACAGAAACUUGAAAGGUCAAAACAGCAAAUAAAGUGUAUUAUAUUGCAGCCAGCUGAGUGCACUAUAUAUUACUCUUGAAACGAGGAGUGAUUUAGCACCUUUCUAUAAGCACAGGUUUGAAAAGAUAUUGCCUAUAACGUUAUUUUACGUUGCCUGCAGCUUUCUAAAAAAGAAAAUACUGCUAACGUAUUUGCAGUGUAACGGAAUGACAGCAUAAAUCAUUCCACAAUGAGUCAUGCAUAACACUGCACAGUUCUACUAUAAGGACAAAUGACAUUUUGUAUUUACACCUUGUUGGAGGAGACAUUCAAGUGCACUUGUGUGAAACUUGUAUUUGUUUUUUUUGUGGUGCCUUGAAUAAUGUUUCACCACAAAGAACUGAAUUCUUUCUGUGGUGCUAAGCUUUGCGGAAGCGCUCAGCGAUGCCGUCAACUUUUCAUCUGAUAUAGACAGGUGCGGAAGCAAGCUGACCAGUUAACGCAGCACUUUAGUAUGUACUUUCAUAAGAAUUGAAAUCAUAAAUACCAAGGUUGACAGCAUCUGCUGACGCUGUUGGUCAAUAUAAGGGGAACUGUGGCUUCAUUUUUAUUCCUACGAUGUCUGCUUCUGAGUUGUUCCCUAGUAGGUCAAUAAAGCUUGCUUUUUUACCCCUUGUUUACUUUUCAGGUGAGAAAGUUAAAUGUUUUUGUAACUACAGGCAACAAUAAAGAUUUUCCCGCAUGCACAUCCACUCACUUCAAGUGCUUUAAUCGUAUAUGCACUGCUGAAGAUUCUAUGCUGCCAAACAGCAGCUUUUUAGUUUUUGUACAUUCUUACCAUCGUAAAUUUUCUUUUCUACUUAGUGAGAGGACAUAUCUGCAUUUCAAUUUGCUUGGAGGCUUGGAAGAAACUGGUUGUGGUGGUUAGUGAGAUAAGAGGUCACAAGGUCUCUUUACGAGGGAGAUAAUGUAACACACCCUAAAAGGUUGAAACGCAACAUCCACCCACUCGCAAGCAUAUCAACAAGUUCCAGGUAUGCCUAAAGUUCAAGCCUUUACCGAGUCACCAGCAUGGCCUUCAUGAUGAGGAAAAUUACACAGCGCUGGCCGCCGUGUAAGUGAUUGACAAUCCGAAUUUGUGUUUGCCUCUGAAGGAAGAUGAAUAGUUCUUAGAGGCUUUGGAUUCAAGUCCAGUAUACGCAGCACAACAGGUGUUUGGGUGUACAUACAGCAACACCAACACAACUAUCGUAUAUGCACUGAACUACUGCUUAGAGCGACAAGAUGCCUUUCGUAACGUGUCGUGUGCCACAUUAUUUACUUGCCAUAUUGCUUGGUUUUGUUCAUUCAGCCCACUAUUGUACAUAUUGAGCAGAGUUUAAUAUAAUAUGUAUCAGUGGACUAACUGUAAGAAUUACACUCUGAAUGCGGAGUGCUUUAACAAAAAUGUGUGCUAGGUACUGCAUUGUACGAUGAAGAAGUUGUGUGUAUGCUGAUGUAGUGAUGUCUUUUUCUGCAUUGUUUUCAUGCUUGACUCACUCUGAUGAUCAGUUGGAAGCGUUUGUGGUUGCUUAUUCAUUAGUACUGACAGUUUUAUUUCUCUAGCCACUAAUGCUUUUAUUCACCGCAUUACAAUCUAUGCUCGCUUUUCACAACAACUAAAUGCAAUGUGCCACAUAUGCAGCAUUGUACAUCAGAUAUGUGAUACUACACUUCACACCUUAAAUGCUUACCGCCGUAACAGCAUUUUUUUUAUCCUGGCUACUAAAUUCUCGGUUCCUACAUCAAUGCUUUUCCGCAUUGGCUAUGGUGUAUAAGUUAUGAGCUUGAAUUAUACGAGCUGGUAGCUACUCUCUUUGGGAGAGGUGCUGAAGGGCUAUAUGUAAUUAACAAGAAUUGGAAUGUGUCUACAUCAUAAAUACUGAUAAAAUUAAAGUUUGUUCUGAGAGAAAUGUGUAUACAUCUUGCUUUACUAGCAAUUCAGUAAUUUGCAAUUAGAACCUUAGCUUAUACGAAUCACCACAUGUUUGUUAUUAGACUCAGUAUGGGGAGAAAUUCAGCUUAGAGUUUUAUGUUUUCCUUGCAUGUUAACCGAAGUGGGGAUGUGCCAAGAAUGCUUCGCCAUGUUAACCACAUCAAGGGGUACGCUUUACGCAAGUAGAAAACGCUUUUGGUAAUUGAGCUAUGGGGUCAACAGUGUGCCGACUUGUGGCCUUGCUAUGCUUGUGAACUGUGCCUGAUGCUUUUAAGUAUGAGCGCUGAGUGAGAUAUAUAUUUUGUAGUCUUUGUUUUGCGUGUAGAUGUCUCUAUUCCGGUUGUGUUACUAACAAUGUAUGCCGCACAUUUGGAGAGACGUGAUGCUCUCUCGUAAAUCGAAUAAAUUUCCACUGAUGGUUC